AUGGCAGAAGCUACUGGAAACGAUUCAAAACCUGCUGAAGAUAAACCUAAACCAUGUUGUGUCUGUAAACCUGAAAAAGAAGUGAGAGACCAAUGUUUACUUUUCAAUGGUACUGAGGGUAAAGGUGCUGAAAAAUGUAAAGAAUUUAUUGAAAAAUACAAGGAAUGCAUGAAGGGAUACGGAUUUGAGAUAUAA